AUGUCGGCGCUCGACCGGGCGUUCACGACUGCGCACGAUGAUCUCCUGCAGGCUCGCGAGGAAUUGACGCAGUCACCGUCGUGUAGUUUCCAGGACGCGUUUGUGGAGGCGUUGCGGCAGCCGUACGAGGCGGCUGCGCUUGCUCACAGUAAUACCAACAAGAGCAGAGAAGUAACCACAUGGCGGCGCUCAGACCUACUCAGCUUUUUGAGUGUCUACUUUCCGCAGUAUGCGCAGCAUCCCGCGGCGUUCUCUGCGUUGUGCGCAUCACUAGCCAGGGAGGCCGCAAGAGCCGCGGAGACAGAACGAAAUAGACCCGUAGAGAAUGAUGAGGAGUUCGUGACCGCCACGUUCGACAAGUUGAAGCGCGUGUUGGUGCGACAAUACGGCAGUACGAGACUUGUUUCUAAGGAUCCCUUUCCGCUUGAGCCUUGUGUCGAGCCCAAGGGGGAACGUCGUCGCAGUAUCGCCCCGUUCGUCCCAGGGUCGACAAGUGGAAAUGAAAAUGCACCCGAUGAGACCACGUCGACGCUGGUUCUGCGGGAGUUCCAGGCUGAAGUGGUAAAGAAGUCUAAGAGCUGGCUAGGACGCUGGCGAGCGCGUCAGUUGGUGCUGCGUUGGGGAUUCCUAGAAAUGCACAAACGCAUCUCCAGAACUCCCCAGCGCAACUUAUCUGCCAGAUCGUUCCGCCAUCACACGUCAGGUGCCAGUUCCAGCGCUGCAAUGAGUAAUACUAGCAUCCGCGGAGGUGACAGCUUCAGUUCUGCUUCCUCUCCAGCGCUCACAACCACUAGAGCAGCAGCCAAUGUCAAGACAUACGAUCUACAGGAUAUGGUGUCUCUGACACUGGCGCACGUGAGUGAUGGAGAGUCGACCUCAGCCACCGGUAGAAAAGCAGCUUUGACCCUGAAGUUUCAGACAACAGUCACGCCGUCAUACAACGGCCUCAGCAGCUCUGGUACCACAAUCAAUCAGGACAUCAAGACGCUUAUACUCGGUGUCGACAACACGUCUGAUACGCUCGUUUCGAUUCGAGAUCACAUCGCCACGUUUGCGCUGUACCUGGAGCUUUCACGAAGAGAUCGCCUUCCAUCCAUGACCAAAGUACGUCGAUACAUUGUAGCCGGUGCCAUGGUGAACGUUCGCAUCCGUAUUCCUCGCAUCUCACAGCCCAAAGAUCCAAAAGAUGGAACGCGAAGACGAAGUCAAGUAAAGCAACCGCCUCGCGGGAUGGUGACUGCAUUGCAACUCGCGUUUCUGCAAGAUCCACGUGUUCCCAGCUUCGAGAGUACAAUUGCUUUGCUACUAAAAGCUGACGCAGACCCACGCAGUCUCCUGUACUGGGACUAUGCAACGCAAGUAGUUUUUUCGCCCUUGUCCAGUGAUAAAAAAGAGAAAAGUGAGGAACACCACCAGCGACGGCGAUUACGGAAGCGCCUUCUUCUCCUUGACAAGGUGGAGAGUGAUGGCGAUGAAAGUGCCGUUUUCCGGUGUUGUGAAGCUCAGGCAGAUGACGGAGCUCGGUGGAAUUUGCUCAUGUAUUUUUGCUGGCUUGGGGACGUUGAGGGCGUGAAGCAGCUGCUCAUUGUGACUGGGGUUGGGAGCUCUUCAGGAAGUCAAAGCAGGACUAUUAGUCGGCAGCUUGUGACUUGUCUGGAUCAUGUUAAUGCGGCAGGCGACACGGCGCUUCAUAUUGCAAUAAAGUCGAGCAAAGAGCCUAUAGCGUUACUGCUUGUGGAGGCCGCGCUUUUAGCGAAUGCUCAGACGGUACAUCAAUGUGACGCUUGUGGUGAACCAGUGGUGCAUUUGGCACUCGUUGCACGUCAAUGGCACGUUGUAGACGUGUUGGUGGCAGGUGGGGCAGUUGAUCCUCGAUCGUAUGACGCUCUGGGAAAUACAGCAUUGCAUCUUGCCAUUCAGCUUCGUGCACCUGUAGCACUUAUCGCGCGUCUUAUUCAAGUUUAUCGUCACUCUUCGCCGUCCGGAGGUCUAGAUGGGCGAGCUGGUCGUCGUGGAAGUAAUGAUACUCCUCUAUCGUUGGCUCUCAAGAGUGGUCAGCAAGAAGUCGUUGCUUUAUUACUUGCGUCUGGGGCUUCUCACUUAGGUUCAGAUUAUCGAUGGAGUCACGCAUUUAGUGGGAAGCGGGACACUCGAGAUGAAGAGGUUGCUGAGGAGAGGAUGGUGGUUGGAGACAAUGAUAGCGCUCUCCAUGUUGCUAUUAAGGCUGGAAUGGAGCUCGCAGCAGCGGCAUUAAUUGCCCAUAAAGCAGAUAUCUAUCUUGUAGAUUCUCGAGGCGCAUCGUCACUAGCCCUUGCUAUCCGCUACGGAUUAUACGCGCUAGCUGCUGCUCUCGUAGACCAGCAUCAAAAGAAGAAAACGAAGCAAUCAGCUAGUGAACAGUGGUGGGUGGAUGGAGAAACAGGAAGACCCGUGGCGAUGUUGGCUUUUCAAGCUGGGCAACUUGAGCUGGCAGCACUCUUGCUGGAUUGCAUUAACCAAGACAAAGGUCAAUUGUAUUCUGCCCGGAUUCUUCCUCUGUUAUUGCGGAUAAGCUCCUGGCUAGGUGCUAGUAUUGGGGCUAAUAACAGCGUGGUAUCAACCAAAAAAUCAGAGGAGCAAAAAAGGACUCGGUCGUCUAAUUGGACUCGUGAACCCACAAAACGUCGCAGUGAUGGAGGCUGGAAGCAGAUGGACAGGGAAACAUUUCGCCAUAGCGGGAUCAGUUUAUCAUCAAGUGCAUCUACUGAGGAGGACAGAGAAGCCUGCGACUUUCUUCUUCGAGGGAUUCAGUCGCUUAUGGUGAAAUUUCUUCAUCUCAGUGGAAAGGUGUCGGUGACCGAAGUUAUUGGAGGUGACACGACGUCCACUUCUGUGUCUCCAUUGACUCUCCCAAUAGCGAUCCGUCUACCAACAGCUGCAACCCCAACUUAUUCGUCUCCACCGAUAGUUUUCAAUGACGACGAACUGACAAAUGUGUCACCGCUGCAUGUGGCAGCGUCCGGUGGCUCAUCCACGUCAAAUCUACUUCGAUUACUAUUAGCAUUUCUGCUGGCUGCGGAUGCUUGUGCAGCAGCGCAGCUGCUUGGAUGUCCGAUGGGUCCUCGUGCGGAGACACCACUGCAUGCUGCACUUGCAGCAGGGGCAGCUGAAAACGCCUUGCUGCUGCUCUAUUCAUUGCAUGAGCUUCAAGUCCGCAGUCCUGCCGGUGCGGGGCCCGUAUGUGGUCAAAUUUUGGAGAUGACUAAUGCAUUUGGUGAUUCGGCACUUCACUUGGCCUGUACGUGGCCUCGUAGUGUUUCGAUGCGGCUCAUCGUGGAGCUGCUUCUUCAAGAGCAUGUGGAUACUGGAAACUGGAACAGCGCAGGCUUGUCUCCUCUGCAUGUAGCACUGCGCGAGGAGUGUGAUGAUUCAUUAAUUGACUUGUUUUCACGAUACGGGCAGGAUUUAAACCUUUGGACUGAAGGCAAUACAUCCGAAGACGACGAAGACGGCGACUUUUCUAAUAUUGGCGGCCGUCUAAGUGCUGUGGCAAUGGUAACGGCGUGUCCACGGAAUUCCUUAAUGUUGGCUGUGGAGUCGGAGAACGCUUCUGCAUUUCGCGCAUUGGUGCGUGGUGGGGCGCGCACGAGAGCUCUCAUACCGCGUGCUCGUAUUGGACUACUGCAGCUUGCUGUGCACUUCAAAGUGCGUGAUCCUGAACUGCUUGCGUAUCUGCUUGACGAUCCGGCGCUGGAGCAUUCAGCUCAGUCGGAUUUAGCUGAUCAGUGGGGUGUUAGUCCUCGAGAUGGUCGGGUAAGGUUGAUGGAGGUGUGGGGGAAGGAGCGCAAUUUUUCUGCACAACCAGCAGAUACCAAAGUGCCUCUACCGCUUCGCAUCAGUGUUUCGCGUCCACCUGCAGAUUCAGUGCCAUUGGAGACGGCUCAGUAUCUCCGAGCACUUCCAAGGCCUCCAACAUUAUCAUCAACGACUCUGGAUUAUUUGCGAGAAGAAGAGCAGACGACAUUGACGCUAGUUGCACAGGAAGCUCGCAAUGAGGCUCAGGAUUGGCUUGCAAAGCGGAUCGGCCAGAAAAAGCUGUUGUCAGAUGCCCAUGCUCAGCUGCACAAUGCUACUAGAAAGCAUAGACGCAUAGCAAGUGGAAGCAGCGUGAGCAGCACCAGAGACGAACUAGAGGCAUCUAAUGAAUCUACGCAGAGUGAUCACCAAUUGCUGGAGGAGUUGAAGGCUGCUGCAGCUAAGAAAUUUAUCGACAAACACGUGGCUGAAGCGGUGGUGGAGGCGCGAUUGGCCAUUGAGCGAGAGAAACAAACUAUUUUCCAGGAAACGGGACUAUUCCCCGGGGUGACUUCGGCUUCAUCAACGAAGAACAAGAAGAAGGCGGACGGGAGACAUCGAUCGCUGCUGGUUCGAGCUGCAGGUUCGACUACCGGGUCCAUGUUGCUACCUGCGUCAUCGGCAUCAGUGACGUCGGUCUCGAGCGAGGAAGGGGGCUCGGCUCAACUGAGCGACGACAGCUACGGGGGUGCCAGUUUCUGGUGGUCUGACCGCGGUACUACAUGUUCUUUUUUGAGCGACGAUUCCUGGCUAUCAAGCAGUAACCCGCGAGGUGGAACUGUGAUGAGUGAUCCUGCCUCGGCCAGCGUUUCGUCGUGGACUUCGAACGGAAGGGGGAAGAUGCUUGACGGUAGUUUUGAUCGUCGUCUUUCGUUUGCUUCACGAAGUUUUGUGGACAGUGAAGUCUCCAGAGAUGAAGGCUUGAUUUAUGGUAGCGUCGCGCAGUCCCGGGACCAACCAUCUUUCUCACACGCUAAAGCAGAGCGAGGUACAACGACGUGA